AUGACCGUCAAGAUCCCUUUCAGCCUUAAAUCGGUGACCCUCCGCCCCCACAACGAAGUCCCUUCCGACUUAGGAACUGAAUGUAAGCAUUCUGCCGGCUCCAUCUCUCCCAGGCUUGGCACGAGCCAUUCCACACCCAGAAAGAACCCCAGGUUGAGCCCCGCCCACUCCCGGGCCGCGUUCGGUCUCCCUGGUAACGCCUUGGCUACAACAGCAGUACUGAAGAAGUCGGAGGCGAAGUCAGAGGCUGACGGACCGUGGAUGGCUGCUUACACUCAAGCUGAAUGUGUUAUAAAGAAUAUCAUUCGAGAAAUAGGACAAGAAUGUGCACACUAUGGAGAAUCUGUUUCCGAAACUCUCGUGGCUUUUAUGGUGAAAGCUGUGGUUUUGGAUCCAAGCAAUGGUUUCAACAUGGAUCGAAACCUUACCAGAGCUGAUGUUCAGAAACUUGUUAAGUUAUGUGUUAAUAGGCUACUGGACAAAAAAAAUCCAUCUCUGGACACAAUUAAAAUGCAAGUUUACUUUGAUAUGAAUUACACAAACCGAGGAGAGUUCCUUGAUGAACAUCAUCGAGUCCUAGAAUCCAGACUAGGCAUCGUUAGCAGAGAAAUCACAGAUAAUCGGGCCCGUACUCGAGAAGAAUUAGAGAGCCUUUACCGGAAGAUUGUCAGCUACAUUUUACUGCGUUCUGGUCUUGGAUCACCUACUGAUAUCAAAGUUGUCAGAGAGGCAACAGUGCCUGCUAUUCUGAAUGAAGCUAUUCCAGCCACCACCCAACAUAUUGAUGCACAGCUUCAAACUUCUCAGGAAGAGGCAUACCAAUACACAGCUAUCUUGGAGAAAUUGUUAGAGAACCCACUUAAAAUGAAAGAGCUUGAAGACUUAAAGAUAAAAGAAGCCCUGUUUAAUUUGAGACAAUAUGAGAUUUUCCUUAAUAUAAUUUUGUCUGACAUAAUUACCUGCGCUCAAGAAGUCGAAAUGAUGAUAAAGCAAUUAGGAGCACAAAUGGAACAAUUAAAAAUGACCGUACAAGCAAAGACUGCUGUACCAACAUCACAAGUCUAUCCUAUAUUUAUUGCGCUUUCUAGCUUGUGGACCAGUUUUCAGGAUGAAACCGUAUUACUUAGUGUUCUGAGUAAUUUAACCACUCACCUUGCACCGUUCCUAGGAUAUCAUGAAGAGCUCUUUAAUACACAAAUUAUCCAAGAACUUCUUGACGAAGUGGAAAUAAAAAGUGAUGUGCAUAGGAUAAAGGAAAGCAUGGGAACCAAAGUAAAUAUAAAUGAUUUCAAGAAGUUAGAUUGGAUUUUCCCAGAAACCACAGCAAAUUUUGACAAAUUGCCAAUUCAGUACCGGGGAUUUUGUGGUUACACAUUUGCUGUAAAAGAUGGACUACUCGUUCCAGGAAAUCCAGCUAUUGGAAUUUUGAAAUAUAAAGAGAGAUAUUACACUUUUAGUUCCAAAGAAGCUGCAUAUACUUUUGCAGAAAAUCCAGAUAAAUACAUUGAGUUAAUUGGAGAAAAGGCAAAAAAGUGUGCAGAACUAAUUCAGCUAUUGGAACUUCACCAGCAAUUUGAAACUAUGAUUCCAUAUACUCAGGUGAAAAUUAUCGACAGACAUAUAAAACCAAUAACAAAGUGUGAAAGUAGCACACAGACGGAUACACAUAUAAUGCCACCAACAAUUAUAAAAGAUUAUGAAUGGAACGAAUGGGAACUAAGAAGAAAAGCUAUAAAACUGGUUUGUAGCAAUGUUAUCUAA